GAAGAUCGUUUCACAUCCUGAACUUGUCGGCGUUAUCGGCGCAACAUUGGACAGUUAUCAGGGUGGCCCACUUUUUUUUUUUUCAUAUUUCACUUUCGAUUUACAUUAAAUGAAAGCGCGAGAAGUAUUCUUUUCACAGCUUUGAAUCUCAACGGACCCCGCCAUAUAUGUGACGGGACGACGUCGCUGAAAAUGUUGCGAGCGGUGGGACUCGGUUUGUUGUUGGUGUUGGGGACAAGUCCGACUUUUGUGGAGGACGCAUUCACCAUCCAGCACUCUAUCACAGCGGAGUGUUUAUCCGCUCAGGACUCGGGAAGUUUGGGUGUUGGGGCCUGUGACGCCAACAGCACGUCCCACUUGUGGAAGUGGGGCUCGGCUCACCGGCUCUUCCACGUGGACACCGCCCUCUGCUUGGCGCUGGACGUCCACUCCAAGUCUUUGUCGCUGGUCGACUGCGGCUCGGACGGCCAGCUGUGGUGGCGCUGCCGAGACGGCGCUGUGUUCACCGACUACCAAAUGGGCUUGGAGGUCAGCGGAGGCCAGCUGGUCGUCAAACGGAACAGCCGUGACGUAUGGGUGAGAGGAGGAUCUCUGGAAAGCAUCUGCCAGACGGCGUAUCGCAUCAUUCACACCACGGGCGGGACUGCUGCUGGCGCUCCCUGUGAGUUCCCCUUCAAGUACAACGGAAGCUGGCACCACGGAUGCCUCCCAGAUGCCGACGUGCAGGGACUCUCAUGGUGCUCCACGUCGUCCGACUAUGAUCAAGACCGACAGAUGGGAAACUGUCUACUACCUGAGGAUGGUUGCCAGACGCUGUUUACCGGGCCGGAGGGAAACUCCUGCUACGAGUUUGUUCACGAUGCCGCCGUGACCUGGCAGCAAGCGCUAGAUUCCUGUCGGAGCCAAGGUGCAGAUUUGCUCAGUGUCUCUAGCCCGGAUGAUCUCCACUCCUCUACAUUUUUAGACGGCCUCAAGGUGAUGCCCCAGAGAAUGUGGAUCGGCCUCCACCAGUUGGACACAUCUCAGGGCUGGCAGUGGUCAGACGGCUCCCCGCUCUCGAUCCUGCGCUGGGAAGCAGGAAUGCCCCCCGCGUCCCUAAUAAUUGAGUCAGACUGCGGCGUCUUAAACUCCAAGCUGAACUACGAAGCCGAAUCAUGCAGCAAACUCCUGCCGUACGUCUGCAAGAAGACAGUCAACGCCACUCAGUCAACGCAAACAGAGUCCCUCAUGUAUAAAGACACGGUGUGCGCUCCUGGUUGGGUGCCAUGGAACGGCUGGUGUUACAAGUUAGUGAGAGACAACCCUUCGAACUUCACCGCCGCGCAGCAGUAUUGCAACCGCACCGAGGGGGGAAGCUCUCUGGCCAGCCUCCAUUCCAUCGACACCAAGGAGAUGAUCAGCACAAGUUUUGCUUCGGGUGGACCGUGGUUGGUUGUUUGGAUCGGUCUGGUCGGAGAGGGCGGGAAUCCUGCUGUCUUUAAGUGGGUGGACCAGUCACCAGUCACCUUCACGUUCUGGAGUCCGAAUGAGCCGGUGCAGCCUUCGCAGGACAAGAGCUGCGUGUUCUACUCCGCGUCUCACGGUUGGCACGUUGGCAGCUGUUCUGAGACGCUAGCGUUCAUGUGUCAGACAAAAGGAGAAGUCAGCCAAUCAUCGGGGACGGCUGGAUGUCGCUUUGAGGAUGGAUGGAGGAGACACGGCAACUCUUGUUACAGAGUGAACACCACGCAGGUGUCCUUCAAAGAUCGCUGUAACCUCACCAUAAGAAACAGGUUUGAACAGGCCUUCAUUAGCCGUCUGCUCGGCGAUUAUAUCAGGAAGACGCCUCAGUACUUCUGGAUAGGACUGCAGGAUGUUUAUAACACAGGAGAGUAUCAGUGGCACGGCCAGAAUGAGUCCUAUGCCGAAGUUACAUACACCAAUUGGGGCUCUUCGGAACCAGAGUGGGAUGGAGGUUGUGCUGUGAUCUCCACUGCGAACCACCUUGGCAAGUGGGAAGUGAAAAACUGUACCGUCUUUACGGCCGGCACCAUUUGCAGGACGGACCUCAGUCCUGUUGUGCCACCAGAACCGGAGCCGGACCCCAGCUUGCCGUGCCCGGACGGAUGGGUUUCCUUACAAAACUCUAAAUACUGCUAUAAGGUGUUCCACAAGGAGAGGCUCAGUCGUAAGCGGUCGUGGGAGGAAGCUGAGAGGUUUUGUCAGGCCUUUGGUGCCAACCUGCCGAGUUUCACCAACUUGGACGAGAUGCGAGCGAUCCAUGGAAUCAUAAGAGAAACCAUCAGUGACGAUCGCUACUUCUGGGUUGGCCUGAACAGAAGAAACCCAGCCGACCGCUCCUGGGUGUGGAGUGACGGCCGACCUGUAUCCAUGCAUGUUUUACAUCACGACUUACAUGAGGAUGACGCAUACAGUCGGGACUGCAUUGCAUUCAAGACGAUGAAGAGAACCUUGAAGGAUUUCCUGAUGUUUUUACUCCACGACCGUCUUACCGCAUCUUUCUAUGGAUCGCCAUUUCACUGUGAUGCCCGGCUGGAAUGGGUCUGCCAGCUCCCUCGCGGAAAGACACCAAAGUAUCCAGACUGGUACAAUCCAGGUGCGCACCACGAGACGUCCAUCUUCGUCGACGGCGGCGAGUACUGGUUCGUGAAUGAGCCUCGCCUGACUUUUGAGGAGGCCAUCCUGUUUUGCAACAUGAACGGCAGCAAGCUGGCGACCCCGCCGAGCUCCACUGCUGCCCGAGUCAUCCAAAAAAACAUAGAAAAGAUGUCGAGUUCUCCUAAGCAAGGCUGGUGGGUCAAUCUGAGAGAUCCUCAGCGGAUGUUUCCCAUGACGCAACCGCGGCUACACUUCUAUUACUCAGUUCUCUUCGGCAGAUGCACCUCCAUCAGUUCUGAGAGCUCCUAUCCAAAGUACGAGCACAGUUGCAGGCAGCGCUUGCCCUUUGUGUGUGAAAGGCUCAACGUCACCUACGUGGAGAACAACCCUCUGGAGCCUCAUCCCGGAGGCCUGCCAUGUGGAAAUAACUCCCUGGCCUUCAGAAAUAAGUGCUACACACUGCUCCAGAACGCGAAGCCAGUGUCAUUCAAGACCGCCAAUGAGGUGUGCCUGUCAGUGAGGGGAACCCUGGUCACCAUAGCGGACCAAGUGGAGCAAGACUUCAUCACCAGCCUGUUGCCAAGAAUGAAGAACAUGGGAGGCAUUUGGAUUGGUCUCAAACACAAACUCUACAAAAUGGAAUGGUUGGACAGGUCGCCGGUGAAUUACGUCAAUUUCCAUCCGCUGCUCGUUGGAAUGCACAAGGACAUAAAAGUCUAUUCGCAAGAGCCAGACGAUUUGGGUUUGUGUGUGUAUUUAGUCAAUAACCAUAAUUCAGCUGUGAUUGGUACCUGGGACUACACCGCCUGCAGCCAGUAUCAAUACGGAGCCCUUUGCCAACAUUAUGCUGAUGUACCGGAGGAGCCAUCCGUCACGUCGGACCCCUUCCAGGUCAACAACCACACCUUCCGGCUACUUGUCCGGAACCUCACCUGGUCCGAAGCCUCGGCGGAGUGCAUGAAACUGGACAUGGAUCUGGCGAGCGUGGACGACACCUUCAUCCAGUCAGCGCUCACUGUGCAUGUGAGCCGGGCGCGUACGCCCAUGUGGAUCGGCCUCGUCAGUCAAGACGAUGGGAUCCACUACCGCUGGACGGACCACAGUCACACCGUCUUCAGUCGGUGGUCUUCCGAGGUCACCGCAGGCUCCUGCGUCUACCUGGACACCGACGGCUUCUGGAAAGCCACCGAGUGUGAGCAGGAGCUCGGCGGCGCCAUCUGCCACCGACCGCACAAAGAAAUCAUAACCCCAGCGGAGGACGUUGCAGUGAAGUGCCCCCACAAAAUCAACGGGCCAAACUGGAUCCCCUUCAAGAACAACUGCUACGCCUUCCAGCUGGCCGCAUCCAGAUGGCAGCGGGUGGACCAAGGCCCGGUCCGCCAAACCUGCGUCAACCUUCACGAAGGCGCCGACAUUCUGACCGUCCGGAACGCCGAGGAGAACGAGUUCAUCAGGCAGCAACUUCUACCGUUUCAAAACUUGGUGCAGUUCGUGUGGCUCGGCCUGUACAAGAACACGACCGGUGGGAACCAGCUGAAGUGGUACGACGGCACAAACGUCCAAUAUUCCAACUGGAGGGACGGCAGGCCGGAGGUCGCCGGCGACUUCAUGGCAGGUCUCAGUCUCCAAGGCAAAUGGGUCCUGAUCACAAACCAAAUGUUGUUCCCCGAGUUCAAGCAAAGAGCCAUCGUCGCCUGUAAACUAGAUAAAGAACCAAAACAGGAGUACUCCAAGUCCACCAGGGACUUUCAGCAGUUUGGCAAUUUAAGCUACGAGGUGGUGACGCGACGCGGGCUGACUUGGUACCGGGCUCUGGAGGAGUGCGCUCGGCGUGGAGGUCACCUGGCCAGCGUGCACGACGCGCGGCAGAGUGCGCACGUCAAGCUCCUCGCGAAGACCGACGGCUUCCCGCUUUGGAUUGGCCUGUCCAAGCAGGAGGCCGGGGGGGAGACCUACGAGUGGUCCGACGGGACCGGGUACCAGUACAAAGUGGACAUCUCGCAGUCUCUGGAGGGCUCCAGCGCCGACGAGGGAGAGACGGGCUGCGUCACGGUGACGCCCUCCGGCGCCUGGGUGCGGACCGGCUGCCGCUCGCUGAUCGAUGGCGCCGUCUGCUACACCGCCAACAUCAGCACCCCAUCCCAGAGAGCCAAGUUGCAGGCGACGGCCAAGACCAACAAGUGCCCUCAGAGCAACGGCACGUCCAAGUGGGUGCAGCACGAGGGCCGCUGCUACGCCUUCGACAUGAGCUUCUACAACUACAGCGUCUACGACAUGCGGCGGGCCAAGCGCAUCUGUCAGGACCUGGACGCUCAACUGCUGUCGGUGAAAAGCAAAGAGGAGAACGACUUCGUGGCCAAGUAUAUAACGGACGACCCGCUCAUCACCAGCCGGGUGUGGCUCGGCGUCGGCCUCGACGCGCAAGGCGCCCCAACGGCCUGGGAGGACGGUUCGGUGCUGUCCUACACCAACUGGAAGUCGGGCGCCCUGCUGAGCGCGGGGAAGCGGGACGAGGCCCCGUGCGCCGUCCUGGACGGCGGCAGCUGGGGCGUCGUCAGCUGCGACGGGAGCCUCAGUCGCGUCGUCUGCCAAACCGACGCCGAGUCGUUUGGUUCUCCCGUGGCGGUGGUCUUCUUCGCGGUGGCCGUCCUCGCUCUGGCGCUAGCCGCGGCCUUCAUCGUGUACAAAAAGAAGCGGGACCACUUCUCCUCUUCGGUCCGCUACAAGAGGACUACGGACCAGACGGACACCACCAGCAUCCUCACAGAAGGCGACUGAGCCGCGCCGGAGGGGUCGCCUCAAAGUGGGGGGGGGGGUGAUUUGGGGCCGACGGCGCCCCGCCCCUUUUAAGUCAUGUAUUUAUUUAUCUUAUCAAGUCUCCCACCUGCUUCGAUGAAGAGCGUAAAUGUGAUUUGAUUUCAAAUGUGCAAAAAGUACAGUGAACCUCGCAGCUAUCGCAGCAGCGAUAUGAACAAAAACAAUCUUUGGUGACGGAAGUACGUCGGAGCUUUUGAUUGGCUGAAAUGGAGACGACGGCCGUUUGGUUUUGCCGGGGUAGGAAACGCCGUUAAAGAGGAGUACGGGGAACUUGAGCGUUUACAUCCGGGAGACCUCAGUGCUUCCUGGAGAAACAGGAAAAGUAUGAAAUAUAUAAACACAUACCUUGUUUGAAAAAAUAAAUAAACAAACAGAUACUGA